AUGCAAAGUCUGCUUGUGACCAUCAUCUUCUUUCACAUCUUGAUCAAUUGCCACGCCGCGCACGCCGUCAUCUUCGAGUCCUAUAGUCGCUCCUCGACAAUCUUCCGCACCGAGUUGUGCACUAGCGUACGCCGUGUUAUUGGUCGUCGUGACACCGACUCGUUGCUCGUGCCUGUCCUGCCAUGCUCGCCCCACGCAGGACAGAAGUACGCGGCCUGGUUCGACGGGACUACCAACCAGGUCGCCUGGUCGCACAGAGUCACCCACGCGCCGUCCUCGAGAUGA